AGGGAGGGGGCGGGGGACCCAGGGGGCAGGAGCCACACAAAGUCUGUGCAGGGGUGGGAGCGCACAUAGCGAUUGGAAACUGAAAGCUUAUCAGACCCUUUCUGGAAAUCAGCCCACUGUUUAUAAACUUGAGGCCCCACCCUCGACAGUACGGGGGAGGAAGAGGGCCUGCACUAGUCCAGAGGGAAACUGAGGCUCAGGGCUAGCUCGCCCAUAGACAUACAUGGCAGGCAGGCUUUGGUCAGGAUCCCUCCGCCUGCCAGGCGUCUCCCUGCCCUCCCUUCCUGCCUAGAGACCCCCACCCUCAAGCCUGGCUGGUCUUUGCCUGAGACCCAAACCUCUUUGACUUCAAGAGAAUAUUUAGGAACAAGGUGGUUUAGGGCCUUUCCUGGGAACAGGCCUUGACCCUUUAAGAAAUGACCCAAAGCCUCUCCUUGACCAAAAAGGGGACCCUCAAACUAAAGGGAAGCCUCUCUUCUGCUGUCUCCCCUGACCCCACUCCCCGCCCACCCCAGGACGAGGAGAUAACCAGGGCUGAAAGAGGCCCGCCUGGGGGCUGCAGACAUGCUUGCUGCCUGCCCUGGCGAAGGAUUGGCAGGCUUGCCUGUCACAGGACCCCCGCUGGCUGACUCAGGGGCGCAGGCCUCUUGCGGGGGAGCUGGCCUCCCCGCCCCCACGGCCACGGGCCGCCCUUUCCUGGCAGGACAGCGGGAUCUUGCAGCUGUCAGGGGAGGGGAGGCGGGGGCUGAUGUCAGGAGGGAUACAAAUAGUGCCGACGGCUGGGGGCCCUGUCUCCCCUCGCCGCAUCCACUCUCCGGCCGGCCGCCUGCCCGCCGCCUCCUCCGUGCGCCCGCCAGCCUCGCCCGCGCCGUCACCAUGAGCCAGGCCUACUCGUCCAGCCAGCGCGUGUCCUCCUACCGCCGCACCUUCGGCGGGGCCCCGGGCUUCCCGCUCGGCUCCCCGCUGAGCUCGCCCGUGUUCCCGCGGGCGGGUUUCGGCUCUAAGGGCUCCUCCAGUUCGGUGACGUCCCGCGUGUACCAGGUGUCGCGCACGUCGGGCGGGGCCGGGGGCCUGGGGUCGCUGCGGGCCAGCCGGCUGGGGACCACCCGCGCGCCCUCCUCCUACGGCGCAGGCGAGCUGCUGGACUUCUCACUGGCCGACGCGGUGAACCAGGAGUUUCUGACCACGCGCACCAACGAGAAGGUGGAGCUGCAGGAGCUCAACGACCGCUUCGCCAACUACAUCGAGAAGGUGCGCUUCCUGGAGCAGCAGAACGCGGCGCUCGCCGCCGAAGUGAACCGGCUCAAGGGUCGCGAGCCGACGCGAGUGGCCGAGCUCUACGAGGAGGAGCUGCGGGAGCUGCGGCGCCAGGUGGAGGUGCUCACUAACCAGCGCGCCCGCGUCGACGUCGAGCGCGACAACCUGCUCGACGACCUGCAGCGGCUCAAGGCCAAGCUGCAGGAGGAGAUUCAGUUGAAGGAAGAAGCAGAGAACAAUUUGGCUGCCUUCCGAGCGGACGUGGACGCAGCUACUCUAGCUCGCAUUGACCUGGAGCGCAGAAUUGAAUCUCUCAACGAGGAGAUCGCGUUCCUUAAGAAAGUGCACGAAGAGGAGAUCCGUGAGUUGCAGGCUCAGCUUCAGGAACAGCAGGUCCAGGUGGAGAUGGACAUGUCUAAGCCAGACCUCACUGCCGCCCUCAGGGACAUCCGGGCUCAGUAUGAGACCAUCGCGGCUAAGAACAUUUCUGAAGCUGAGGAGUGGUACAAGUCGAAGGUGUCAGACCUGACCCAGGCAGCCAACAAGAACAACGACGCCCUGCGCCAGGCCAAGCAGGAGAUGAUGGAAUACCGACACCAGAUCCAGUCCUACACCUGCGAGAUUGACGCCCUCAAGGGCACUAACGAUUCCCUGAUGAGGCAGAUGCGGGAAUUGGAGGACCGAUUUGCCAGUGAGGCCAGUGGCUACCAGGACAACAUUGCGCGCCUGGAGGAGGAAAUCCGGCACCUCAAGGAUGAGAUGGCCCGCCAUCUGCGCGAGUACCAGGACCUGCUCAACGUGAAGAUGGCCCUGGAUGUGGAGAUUGCCACCUACCGGAAGCUGCUGGAGGGAGAGGAGAGCCGGAUCAAUCUCCCCAUCCAGACCUACUCUGCCCUCAACUUCCGAGAAACCAGCCCUGAGCAAAGGGGUUCUGAGGUCCAUACCAAGAAGACGGUGAUGAUCAAGACCAUCGAGACACGGGAUGGGGAGGUCGUCAGUGAGGCCACACAGCAGCAGCAUGAAGUGCUCUAAAGACAGAGACCCUCUGCCACCAGAGACCGUCCUCACCCCUGUCCUCACUGCUCCCUGAAGCCAGCCUUCUUCCAUCCCAGGACACCACACCCAGCCUCAGUCCUCCCCUCACAGCCUCUGACCCCUCCUCACUGGCCAUCCCUCGUGGUCCCCAACAGCGACAUAGCCCAUCCCUGCCUGGUCACAGGGCAUGCCCCAGCCACCUCUGCGGACCCCAGCUGUGAGCCUUGGCUGUUGGCAGUGAGUGAGCCUGGCUCUUGCGCUGGAUGGAGCCCAGGCGGGAGUGGUGGCCCUGUCCCUCCCACCUCUGUGACCUCAGGCACUAGCCUUUGGCUCUGGAGACAGCCUCAGAGCAGGGUGUUGGGAUACUGCAGGGCCAGGACUGAGCCCCGCAGACCUCCCCAGCCCCCAGCCCAGGAGAGAGAAAGCCAGGCAGGUAGCCAGGGGGACUAGCCCCUGUGGAGACUGGGGGGCUUGAAAUUGUCCCCGUGGUCUCUUACUUUCCUUUCCCCAGCCCAGGGUGGACUUAGAAAGCAGGGGCUACAAGAGGGAAUCCCCGAAGGUGCUGGAGGUGGGAGCAGGAGAUUGAGAAGGAGAGAAAGUGGGUGAGAUGCUGGAGAAGAGAGGAGAGGAGAGAGGCAGAGAGUGGUCUCAGGCUGGUGGGAGGGGCGCCACCUCCCCACGCCCUCCCCUCCCCCGCUGCAGGGGCUCUGGAGAGAAACAAUAAAGAGAUUCACACACAA